AAGAUAUUCCUUGCUGGAUAUCCUCAAGCACAAAAUUUGCUCAUACCUUUAAAUACGAUUGUUGAAGAUCAGAACUGUAUACAAAUCUCAUCAUUCCUGACCAUGAUUAGUGUAACCUGGAGCAUCUUCCUAGUUUGGACUAAACUAGGGCUGUUACUUGACAUGGCACCUUAUUCUGUUAGUGCCAAACCAUGCCCUUCAGUAUGUCGCUGUGAUGUGGGUUUCAUAUAUUGUAAUGAUCGCGAUUUGACGUCUAUUCCUACAGGAAUCCCAGAGGAUGCAACUACCCUCUUCCUUCAGAACAAUCAAAUAAAUAAUGCUGGGAUUCCUUCAGAACUGAAGAACUUGCUUAGGGUGGAAAGAAUAUAUUUAUACCACAACAGCCUAGAUGAAUUCCCCACUAAUCUCCCUAAGUACCUUAAGGAACUGCAUUUGCAGGAGAAUAAUAUAAGGACCAUUACUUAUGAUUCACUUUCAAAAAUUCCUUAUCUGGAAGAACUGCAUUUGGAUGAUAAUUCUGUUUCUGCUGUCAGCAUCGAGGAUGGAGCUUUCCGGGACAACAUCUAUCUCAGACUUCUUUUUCUCUCUCGAAAUCACCUUAGCACCAUUCCCUGGGGUUUGCCUAAAACCAUAGAAGAGCUACGCUUGGAUGAUAAUCGUAUUUCCACGAUUUCCGAGCUGUCCCUUCAAGACCUUACAAAUCUAAAACGCCUUGUUUUAGACGGAAACCUUCUAAAUAAUCAUGGAUUGGGAGACAAAGUCUUCAUGAAUCUAGUCAAUCUUACAGAACUGUCAUUGGUCCGCAAUUCGCUCACAGCCGCUCCGGUAAAUUUGCCGGGAACAAACCUAAGAAAGCUUUAUCUUCAAGAAAACCACAUCAACCGUGUGCCACCCAAUGCUUUCUCGUACUUACGGCAGUUGUAUCGACUAGACAUGUCCAAUAACAAUCUCAGCAACUUACCUCAGGGUGUCUUUGAUGAUCUGGACAACAUCACUCAGCUUUUUCUUCGCAACAACCCUUGGCACUGCGGGUGCAAAAUGAAAUGGGUCCGCGACUGGUUACAGUCAUUGCCUUUAAAAGUUAACGUGCGUGGACUGAUGUGUCAGGCCCCAGAAAAGGUCCGUGGAAUGGCUAUCAAAGACCUCAGUGCAGACCUGUUUGAUUGUAAGGACGAUGGAGUGAUCAGCACCAUCCAAAUCACCACUGCAGUACCCAACACAUUAUACCCGGCCCAGGGCCACUGGCCUGUUUCUGUGACCAAACAACCAGACAUCAAGACUCCCAACCUAAAUAAAAACUACAGAACCACAGCAAGCCCUGUACGCAAAAUCAUCACAAUCUUUGUGAAAUCCGUGAGCACGGAGACGAUCCACAUCUCCUGGAAAGUUGCACUACCAAUGACUGCUUUAAGGCUGAGCUGGCUCAAGAUGGGUCACAGCCCUGCCUUUGGAUCUAUAACUGAGACGAUAGUCACAGGCGACAGAAACGACUAUCUGCUCACAGCUCUUGAGCCAGAAUCUCCGUACCGUGUGUGCAUGGUUCCCAUGGAAACCAGCAACAUCUAUCUCUCCGACGAAACGCCGGAAUGCAUCGAGACCGAGACGGCACCUCUCAAGAUGUACAACCCUACCACCACCCUCAAUCGGGAGCAGGAGAAAGAACCUUACAAAAACUCCAGCCUGCCCUUGGCCGCCAUCAUCGGCGGCGCGGUGGCGCUGGUGGCCAUCGCGCUGCUGGCCCUGGUCUGCUGGUACGUCCACAGAAACGGGUCCCUGUUCUCCCGGAACUGCGCCUACAGCAAGGGACGCCGGAGAAAAGACGACUACGCCGAAGCAGGAACCAAGAAGGAUAACUCCAUCCUGGAAAUCAGGGAGACUUCUUUCCAGAUGAUACCAAUAACCACUGACCAAGUGUCCAAGGAGGAAUUUGUAAUACACACCAUUUUCCCACCUAAUGGCAUGAAUCUGUACAAGAACAGCCACAGUGAAAGCAGUAGUAACAGGAGCUACAGAGACAGUGGUAUUCCAGAUUCAGAUCACUCACACUCAUGAUACUGAGGGGCGCUAGAGACUGGUUUGGGGUUUGUUGGUUUUUUUGGGUUUGUUUUGUUUUUUAAAGGAAACGAGAAAAGACUGACGUAACAGUUGCUGUUCUACUGCAAAACACUGGAUUAAAAGACUGACAAAGCAAUGUACUGUACAUUUGCCAUAUAAUUUAUAUUUAAGAACUUUUUAUUAAAAGUUUCAAAUUUCAGGCUACUGCUGCGAUUAAUGUAGUGGGGAUACCUGACCACAAUUCUAUAUUUUAGUAUUUUUUAGUAAUUUGUACUGUAUUUUCCUUGCUAAUAUUGAAGUUACAGACCAUUUAACUUUUGUGUUCUACUAAGUAAGAUGACUUGUUGACUGUGAAAGUGAAUUUUCUUGCCGUGUUGAGCAGUCAGAACAUUCAUCUGAGAUCCUUGUAAGUGUAAGCACAGGCCAUUUUUCACUUUGGUAUCAAUAAAAUCAUGUUGAACCUGGCAAAGCAGGAAGAUCAAGAAGUGGUUGCAAAAACUUACAUAACUUUCAAUGUUGGGUCUAUUAAACCUGUAAACCACGACAAUAUUCAAUAAACAAAAGUGUGUGUAGUAAUGGGCAAUAUCAGCUGUCUGGAUAUAUCCAUUCAACAAUGGUGAAAUCCAAUUUAAAAGCAAAUGAUCAAAUCGAUGACAUGCAUGAGACCGAAGAUUUUGACACACCUUUAAAAAAGUUGAUCCCUAGAAGAAAACAUAAUCAAAUUCCUAACAAGGAAUUUUAAAAAAAGCACUAGGCCCUACAAACCAAGGGGGUAGGAUAAGGUUUAGGCAUAGAUUUUGGGUUAUCAAAGCCAGUGGACUGUGUAUUAGAGAGAAAAGAGUGAUGGAUGCUCACAGGCAUUUGGGAGACAAGGGCACG